UGGAUGCUUAAAUUCUCUUGAGAAUGCUUUCACAGCAAUAUAGUUUUAUAAGGUUAUAAAUGCGUACUGCAAAUAGAAUUCAUUAGCAUUCUGACAUGUACUAAACUAAACCAUUUUAUGUUCAAAAAAUCACUUAAUCAAGGGUGUGUUUGACUGAAGCGAUCUUUUUAGUAGUGGAAUUACCGCCAAAAUGCCCCCAAACAUUAGCAAGACCCUGAGCAAAGGCUUGGCGUGCCAGCCGGACGCUUCUCAGCCAGAAGCUCAUGGCGGUGGCCGCCGCUCCGUCUCUCGCCCUCCCCACACCUCCACGGCCCACCGCAAAUCCCCCGCCCGCGCGCCGCCGCGCGCCGCGGGACGUCGUCUCCUGGACGUCCGCCAUCGCGCGCGCGGCGCGGCAGGGCGACCUGCCGGCGGCGGCCGCGGCGCUCUCCGCCAUGCUGUCAUCCCCUGCCGCGCCGGCGCCCAACGACGUCACGCUCCUCACCGUCCUCUCCGCCUGCGCCGGCUCCCCGUCCUCCCCGCUCGCCCGCCCCUUGGCGCUCUCGCUCCACGCCCAUGCGCUCAAGCUCUUCCCUGCCCACCUCCUCCUCUCCACCUGCCUCGCGCGGUUCUACCUCUCGUCCCGCCUCCCGCACGUCGCGCUCCAGCUGUUCGACUCAAUGCCCGUCCGCUCCAUCGUCACCUACAACACCAUGAUCUCCGGGCUCAUGCGCAACGGCCUCGUGGACGCCGCGUUCGAGGUGUUCGACGGAAUGCCCGAACCGGAUAAGGUCUCCUGGACGGCGCUCAUUGACGGGUGCGUCAAGAACGGGCGCCACGACGAUGCCAUCGACUGCUUCCGCGCCAUGCUGCUGAACGGCGUCGAGCCGGACUACGUCACGUUGAUAGCUGUUGUCUCCGCGUGCGCCGAGGUCGGCGCGCUCGGGCUCGGGAUGUGGGUGCACCGGCUCGUGGUCAGGCAGGGGCUGGAGCGCAAUGUCCGCGUCGCCAACUCGCUGAUCGACAUGUACGCGCGGUGCGGGCAGGUGGAGCUCGCGGCGCAGGUGUUCCGCUCCAUGAGGAAGCGGACGGUGGUUUCUUGGAACUCAAUGAUCGUCGGGUUCGCAGCCAAUGGCCGAUGCACCGACGCGAUCGAGCUCUUCGAGGAGAUGCAGAGGCAGGGGUUCAAGCCGGACGCAGUGACGCUCACUGGCGUGCUCACGGCCUGCAGCCACGCCGGCCUCACUGACCAGGGGCUGAGGUACUACGACCUUAUGACGACGGAACACGGCGUCGCCUCGCGGAUGGAGCACUACGGGUGCGUGGUCGACCUGCUUGGCCGUGCCGGGCGGCUCGACGAGGCGUUGCGCGUGGUGGAGACCAUGCCGAUGCGACCCAAUGAGGUGGUGCUCGGGGCGCUCCUCGCGGGCUGCCGGAUGCACGGGGACCUGGACAUGGCCGAGCAGCUGAUGCAGCACCUCCUCGAGCUGGACCCCGGUGGCGAUGCCAACUACGUGUUGCUGUCCAACAUCUACGCGGCUGUGGGGAAGUGGGACGGCGCCGGGAAGGUCCGGAGCCUGAUGAAGGCGCGCGGGCUGAAGAAACGGCCAGGGUACAGCGCCGUGGAGGUCGACGGCGACGUGCACGAGUUCGUGUCCGGCGAUCGGUCUCAUCUGCAGGCCGAGUCGAUCGGCGAGAUGCUUGGGUUGCUCAGGCACGAGAUGGCGAGGUAUGGCUAUGAUGAGCAUGGAGGCAGCUGCUUCGUGGGGGAUUAAGCUGCUGAGAACUGCAAGAAUGUGGAAGCUGCAAUGCUUCUGCAGGUAGCACCGCAGGGACAGGGUUCAUCAUUUUGCCUGUGGAGUAGUAUUCUGUGUGUAAAAAGCGUUAGAACAUAUGUUCUAGAUCAGUAAAAUGUGUUGUAUUGUAGCUCAGUGUAUGCAGCUUUAUCAGGCCAUUGUGAUUGCCCAUCGUCACAACGAAGGGAUUCAACAUGUACAGCACACUGGUAGAACAGUUGAUUUCAUUAUAUUUGAUUAGAAUUUGAUGAACUCAACCAA